GGGUGGCACCUUAUUCUCUCUCUCUCUCUUGCAGACUAAAAUAAAGACCCACCAGCUCUUUCCCGGCAGCUCACUCUCCUCCCAUUUGAUUUUACCUUUUUUUUCUUGUUGCAACAGGGAGCAAGAGACAGCAGCAGCAGUCACUCAGAGCUUGAGACUUAUCGAGACUCAACACACACCCAGAGUCCAGCAAAAACAUUUGCUCACCUGUUUGCAAAACCAAACCAGAGCUCACAUUCAACCAAACUGCCAACAAUAUUUUGAAAGAAAAGGCACCAAAGACCAGAAGUUCAAACUUAGACAGAAAAAACAAUCAACAACAGCAUUUCUUUAAAAAUAAAUAUACCAGAAGAAGAAAAAGAUUAUAGGGAAAAAAGUACAAAUUUAGGAAGAAGACUUUGUUACCUGAUUUUGUAUAAAACUUUGGAAAAGUUUUCUGUUGGGAGAGGAACUAGUGAAUUUGUUUUUGAUAUUUGGAAAAUAUGGCAAAUAAUUUUUACCUUCUUGUUUAAGACUUUUUUUUUUUUUUUAAAGAAAAAGGAAAUUGAGAAGGAAAAAGCAAGCUGGUGGACCACCUGAGAAAAAGAAAUGCAGAAAGAUUUCUUUCACUAAGAGGGGAUACAGACUGGAUGCAUACAUUUUUGGGGGUCUGCAUUCAUUUUUUAUUUAUGCUCUGCUCCUAUACUCCUUCUGGUUUAUGAGACAGAAAAAAGGACAGACAACUCAUACAGAAUUAUUUUUUUUAGAGGAAAAAGGGGGGUUUCUUUUUAACCCUUUCCUCCCCACUUCAAGAUUGUGGAAAAUAACUCGGAGUGUAGAAAUGAGAGUGUGCAGAGCCUUCUAUGCAUGAGGCAAGGCUGGAACUAGAUUGUCAGCGGAGACUGAUUUCUUGUCAAGUCUCCCCUUCAAUGUGUCUGGAACUCUUGGGGAUAGGAGUAGGUAUGAAUUUCGGGGUGCUCUUCGUGUGUCUCUGGUACCUGCCUCUCAUCAGCACUGAGGGGGACCCCAUUCCUGAAGAACUUUACAAGAUGCUGAGUGACAGGUCGGUGCGUACCAUCAGUGACCUCCAACAUGCCCUGCAGAUAGACUCCGUAGAACAGGAGAAUGGUCCUAGCUUGGACCUGAACUCAACCCAAACCCACCUUGGUCAUGACCCUGUUCCCCUGUCCCGAGGGAGACGAAGUGUGGAUGCCCUAGCCGCUGCUGAGCCAGCUGUCCUUGCUGAGUGCAAGACGCGAACAGCGGUCUUUGAGAUCUCCCGGAGCAUGGUGGAUUCCACCAAUGCCAACUUUGUGGUGUGGCCACCCUGUGUGGAGGUGCAGCGGUGCUCGGGGUGCUGCAACAACCGCAAUGUGCAGUGCCGCCCCACGCGGGUCCGUGUGCGACACAUCCAGGUAAACAAGAUUGAAUUUGUCCAGAAGAAGCCAAACUUUAAAAAAGUCAUUGUGCCUUUGGAGGACCAUGUGGACUGUCGCUGUGAGGCACUGUCAUCCCGGCCCUCCAGUCACAGUUGGCCCAAUCUACCCAAAUACAAACAUGGAUUAUUGACAAUCACUACAGCUCCUGUGUCAGCAAGGCAACGAGCGCGCCGGCUGCAAGCACAAAAGAGGAAACAUCGGAAGUUCAAGCAUGUCCCUGAUAAGAAAGUGCUGAAAGAAAUCCUUACAGCAUAGAGGUGCUGGCAGAGGAGAGAGUGCAAAGCAGGUUUAUUUAAUAUAUUUGCUGUAUUGCCCCCAUGGGGUCCUCAGAGCGAUAACUUUUCCUCUUCGUCCAUCUGCCUCGGUGCCUGACUUGGACAACAAAUGGUGCUUGCCUUUUCUUCUUGGACCUUCUCCCACCAAAGUCUCCCCUCAGUUUUCCUUUUUUCAUAUAUUAACAAUGUUUUAAAAUUUUCCAAGAAAGAAAACAAAACAUUAAAAAAAACCCACAAGAAGCCACAAGCAACUGGGAUAAGACAAGGCCUUCCCUGCUGCAGAAGACAGGAUGGGAAAUAGGAAAGAGAAAAAUGGGUCCAAUUUCCUUUUUUGGGGGGGAAGGGAUCAGUUGGGGGGUGAGAAAGUGAGGAGAAUUGUCCUCCUUUUCCUUCUCAAUUCUGUUACGGGCAAAGGGCUUGGACUGAGGUCAGUCAUUGCAAUGGAUGUGUUUCAGAGCAGAUGGAUCUCAGAUGAAGAGCAAUCACCAAUGAUGGAAAAUGCACUAAGAACUUUUACUGGCACAUCUGGACAGAUUUCUUUCUUUUUUGUUUGUUUGUUUGUUUGUUUUUUUACAUAUGUGUGUGUAUAUAUUUUAUUUUAAAAAACCACUAAAACAUACAACAUCUCGGGGAACAGAACAAAUGAAUGCAGAGCGCAGUUACCACACUCACCCCAGCCACUGCAGACUGGAGGGUGUUUGGAUCAGUGAAAAGAUGAGGACAGCAGGCCAGAACCAUUCUCCAAUGCUCCCCCCUAGCCCUGACAAAGACUGUCAUUUUGGCACACAGCUAUUGGCUAUUGAGGGUUGACCUUCCAGUCUUGGACUUGGGUUAUUGUUUUUUAAUUAAUUUGGUAUGUGUGUGUAUAUAUGUGCGUAUAGAUACCUAUAUAUUCAUAUAUACAUUCAUACAUAUCUAUACGUGUGGGUUUUUAAAUGGGUUUGUUCCACAGUGGGAGGAGCCUGCAGGCAAGCUUGUACAUGUGUUGGUAUGUCUGUGUUGGUCUGUCUCUGUGUGUAUGUCUGUGUGUGUGUGUGAGCAGUGAUCUAAUUCCUCUGCUAUCCCCAGUUCAGUCUUUUUUCCCCUUUGCUUUUCCCUCUGGUUAACAACUGCCCUCCAGGAUGCAGAGUGACAACAUCAUUGACCAAUGCACAUGUGAGCUUGCAAGCAUUACUUCAUCUGGAUAAACUAUGGUUGGCUGAUCCAGGAUCCUGAGGGCAGCAUUAUAAUACCGAAGAUGGUUCUGGGAGCAGUUUAACCCUUUUGUGGAUGCACUGUCCUUCAGUUGCUUUCUCCCAUUUCACCCAUUCCCCGCCCACACAUCUAUUGCAAACACAUGCAACAGAGGGGUUUUUUUCACAUGUAUUCAAGCCCUGCCCAGUUUUUAAAUAACUGUAGAACCAAGGAACUUCUUGGGAAACUAGAAGUCAUGGGGGAGAGGAGGGCAAAUGGGAGAGAGUAAACCUCUAAAUUUGCAAAAGUGAUUAAAAACAUAAUUCCCUUAUUGGAAGACUGAAAGAGAAUGGCUGUUUGGUAUCCCUAGUUCCUGGCCAUCAUAGAAAUGCUUAGGAUUUGAGGGUGUAGAGGGCAGAAUGAUUCUCCUAUGAGAAUGCACAUGCAGUCACGUAGAAGUGUGUCCAGCUCUAGGCUUCCCACUACAGAAAGGAUGUGGAAAAAUUGUCCAGCAGAGAGUAAUGAAAAUGGUUAGAGGGCUGGGGCACAUGACGUAUGAAGAGAGGCUGAGGGAAUUGGGUUUAUCUAGUCUGGAGAAGAGAAGACUUGGGGGGGGGGGGGGAGGAUUUAAUAGCAGCCUUCAUCUACCUGAAGGGGGGAUCCAAAGAGGAUGGAGCUGGGCUGUUCUCAGUGGUGGCAGAUGACAGAACAAGGAAGGGUCUCAAGUUGCAGCAAAGGAAGUUUAGGUUAGUAGGAAGAACUCUAUCAUGAGGAGGGAAGUAAAGCACUGGAACAGGUUACCCAGGGAGAUGGUUGAAUCUCUAUCCUUGGAGGUUUUUAAGACCUGGCUAGACAAAGCCUUGGCUGGGAUGAUCUAGUUGGGGCUGGUCCUGCUUUGAGCAAGGGGUUGGACUAGAUGACUUCCUGAGGUCCCUUCCAACCUUCAUUUUCUAUGAUUCUAUGAAUUGUUCAGGAUGUUAAUAACAUUAUUGAUAUCAUUAUUUAUGUAUAUUGCAAUAACCCUUACAAGCUCCAAUCACUGACCCAUGGUGCCACCUAGUGCCAUAGCAAGAGGGGUGGGGGUGAGUGGGGCAACCACCCUGGGCACUGAAGCGAAGGGCACCAACAGGUGUUGCCCAGCCAGGGCAUGACGUGGGACAGAGCUGUGAGCAGCUUGUUUGGGGGGAUAUGGGGACAGGGGGAGGUUGGCUUCUGCUGCUGUGUGCACUCCUGGGCAAGCAUGGGGGGCGUGUAGCCCCCAGAUCUAUGCACGGGGCAAAGGCAGGCUGCCACUAUAGGCUUUGCCUCAGGCACCAAACUUGCUUGCUGUGGCACUGGUGCGACCCUGCUCUGUCUUCUGUCUGACUUCAGGCUAAUAUGACUAACUACCUGUCUACACAGAGGAGAGGGGAAGUGAGGCAGAAGAAUGGGAGUAGGGAGCACUUCCUUUCCAAGGAACAGCCUCUGGGUCACUCAACAUAGCUUAUACAUUGGUGCAGAGGAACCAAGGAGGAGCAUGGUGUUAACUCUACUAACUGCUCUCAAGACUGUUGCAAACUGAUGGCCCCAUUCACCACCCCUGCUCCUUACUUCAAACUGUAGUUGCCUGGGGAGAUGAGCUGGAGGAAGGUGAUGAAGCAGCAAGAUGGGAAUUAGCAGAGAGAUAUAGAUUUCCCAUCAUCUCAGAUUCAGAGCUCCCUUCCUGAUGCCAACUAUCACCACCUUUUUCUGCCUUCUCUUCCUUCUCCCUUCAACCUGUAACCUCGCAAGUCUUAAGACACUUUGUUCUCCUGCUCCAAAAUCGGCUUCCUUCAGUUUGUAAAGUUGGUGAGGUUUUAUUUUAUUUUAUUUUAUUUUUUGGCUUUUUUAAUGUAAGGUUAAUUUAUACUCAGUACUGUAUUUAAAGUUGUAAAAAAAAAAACAAAACCAAAAAAACCCCAACAAAACAAAACAAAAACUCUCAACAAA